AUGCACAUUCUCAUGGUGGGCCUGGAUGCUGCCUCGAGGACAACAGUUCUAAACAAACUGAAGCUGGGUGAAAUUCUAACCACCAUUCCCACCAUUGGGUUUCAACGUGGAGACAGUGAGUACAAGAAUAUCAGCUUCACCAUGUGGGAUGUGGACGACCAGGACAAGAUCCAGCCACUGUGGCACCACUACUUCCAGUACACCCAAGGCUUGAUCCCCCUAGUGGACAGCAAUGACAGAGAGCGUGUGAAUGAGGACUGUGAAGAGCUCAUGAGGAGGCUAGCUGAAAUCGAGCUCUGGGAUGCCGUUCUCUUGGUGUUUGCCAACAAGCAGGACCUCCCCAAUGCCACGAAUGCGACUGAAAUCACAGGCAAGCUGGGGCUGCACUCUCUACGCCACAGGAACUGGUACAUUCAGGCCACCUGUGCCACCAGCGGGGACGGGCUCUAUGACUGA